AUGGAGGGACUCGAUGACUUAUCAGUGCUUAACCCGCAGCCAACAGAAUUACCCGGCCCGGAUCUCCUCCACCACCUCAUAAGAGAGCCGGAUGAUUCAAUAGCUCUCGACUAUCUGGGCAGGGGGAACCGCACCUCACUAACCUAUCGCCAGCUUCAUGAUGCUGCAGAUGCCCUGGCACGCCGAAUAUGUCGUGCAGUGGGCGAGGCCCAAGCAGCGUUUGUGGUUCCGGUCCUGGUUCCCCAGUCGCCACACUUAUACAUAGCCUUGUUAGCUAUUCUAAAAGCUGGAGGCGCAUUCUGUCCUCUCAACGUGGAUGCGCCCCCUGACCGCGUCAACUUCAUCCUCAACGAUGUCUGUGCUGGUGUUGUCGUGGCGUCCUCGGAGCUGGCCUCCAAUAUACCUUCACAAAACGCCGUAAAGGUUCUAUUAGUUGAUAAAGACGAGGAAGAGACAUGUCCAGACACAGACUCUCCCGGCUGCAGAGCUCCUAGCACAAGGGACCUGGCAUAUGUCAUGUAUACAUCUGGUUCAACCGGAGUCCCCAAGGGCGUCGGCAUCUCUCAUUCUGCAGUAACACAGGCAUUACUAGCCCAUGACCGGCAUGUGCCAGCGUUUUCUCGUUUCCUCCAGUUUGCCGCCCCGACCUUUGAUGUCUCGGUAUUCGAGAUCUUCUUCCCACUGCUCCGGGGGAGCACGUUGAUCAGCGUCGACCGAAGGGAGAUGUUGAACGACUUGCCGGGAGUCAUCUCGGAGAUGGAAGUGGAUGCUUGCGAGCUGACGCCAACUGUUGCUGCCAGCUUGUUGCGGAAAAGGGAGAAUGUCCCGACGCUGCAGUUGCUGUUGACGAUUGGCGAGAUGUUGAAUGAGGCGGUGAUUCGGGAAUUUGGGGGAAGUGAAGAGAGGAAGAGUCUGUUGUGGGCCAUGUACGGGCCAACAGAAGCUACCAUUCAUUGCACCGUUCAAGAAGCAUUCGCUGUCAGAUGUUCAAUAAGAAAUAUUGGCGUGCCGCUUCCUACCGUCUCUUGCUUCAUAGUUGAGCCUGCAGAAUCUGCGGAGACGAGUAGAAACGUCAGGAUCCUUCCCAGAGGAGAGAUCGGAGAGCUUGCGGUUGGCGGGCACCAGCUUGCCGAUGGAUACAUCAAUCGACCGGAGCAGACGGCUUCCUCAUUUAUACCGUCACCUUAUGGCACAAUCUACCGGACUGGAGACAAGGCGCGCAUCGCCAGCGAUGGGACGAUAGAGAUCUUUGGGCGAUUGUCCGAAGGCCAGGUAAAACUCCGAGGUCAGCGGCUUGAACUGGGCGAGGUGCAGUCUGCUGUGCUGAAGACGCCUGGGUGCCACCUGGCCGUUGGGGCGGUCGUUGACUCUAUCCUGGUGGUGUUUUGCGUUGCGGACGCGGGAGUCACUGAAGAGUCGAUCAUGGACCACUGUCGAAGCUGGCUUCCGCAGUACAUGAUGCCUGGAGAAAUCGUGCUGAUGGAUGAGUUCCCUCGGCUGCCGAGUGGUAAAGUCGACACCAAGAGGUUGAAAGCGGAAUUCAGGGAGAGGAAGGCUUCUGGACAAGAAGAUGAUGCAGCUUCCCUUGGUCUGUCUGAUGCGGAGAGGACAGUUCUGAGCGUCAUAUCGGAUACUUUGGGAUUCGAAGCGAAACAUGACAUGACGCUGGCUUCAGCUGGGAUAGACUCCCUCGUUGCCAUCAAAGUGGCAUCGGCGCUCCGGUCUUCAGGAUUUAACGUGAGUGUUGCGGAGCUGCUGAGCAUGCGGACAAUAGCGCAGAUAUGCUCUACAUUGCGACCUCUGUCACCCCCUGAAGAUCUAGAAGCUGCGGCUUUGAACAUCCACUUGAUGGACAGCCUGAGCUCUAUAGCAGAAAGCAAUCACGGACUACAGAAGGACUUGGAGCUCGUUGAAGAUGUGCUAGUAUGCAGCGCUCUCCAAGUGGCGAUGCUAUCAGAAACGGCGCAUCGACCGGAAGCCUACUGGAACGAGAUAGAACUGGAAGCGAGUCCUGGAUUCACGCCGGAAGCCAUACGCGAUGCCUUUCAUCUACUUGCACGGCAAAGGGACGUUUUGCGUGCGGGCUUCGUUACAUGGCAAGGAAGCUUUGUAACACCGAUCUUCAAGUCUUUGCGAUCUGAUCAAGUACAGAUCGUCGAAAACUUCCUUCAGCCGGAGCUAUCGGAGGACGAAGCGCUACUUUGGCCACUUCGUGUACAGAUUCGGCAGGCUGCAGGUGGCAAAGCCCCGCGAAUUCUGAUGCAUGUUCAUCAUGCCAUCUACGAUGGCUGGUCUAUGGAUAUUAUCCUCUCGGAGUUGACCGAUAUACUAUGUGAAAGGGCGUUGCCUCAACGGCCGCAGUUCUCAAGCCUGCUCACUUAUAUGACCAACAUCCCGAGAGACCACUUGGAUACCGCAAGAUCAUUUUGGGCUGAAUAUCUUGUCGACUGGAAUAAACCAAGUCGGCCGAAGUUGAGUGCUCGACCAGCUGAGUUUGAUGAGAUCCUUUCUGUCCAGGCACAACUGGAAAUCACUACGCCUGAUAGAAAUGCCUUGGCGGCUACGGGAUACGGUUCUCAAGUCUAUUUUCAAGCGGCCCUUGCGCUCGUUUGGGGGAGUAUCGUGGGCACGUCAGAUGUUCUGCUGGGCUCAGUAACGUCUGGACGAACGGUCCCGGUUGAGGAUAUUGCCGAGAUUGUUGGACCAGCCAUUGCGUCUCUUCCCCUUCGAGUAGAUGUCAACGAUUCUGCGGCGAUCUCUGAUGUAUUGCGGAACAUCAACGAAAGCAAUCGCAAAAUCAUGGAGCAUUGCACUUUGCCAUUGUCCGAUAUAAAGAAGCUCUCUAGACUGCAGGCGGCUGAGAGCCUUUACGACGUGCUGUUCGUUUACCAGGAGUCAUUGUAUACGAAGAGGCGAAAAGAUGCAGCUCUUCGUGAAGUCCGACACCUCGAUCGCCUGGAAACGAAGCUGUUGUUGGAGGUGGAACCAAAUGAUGCUGGAUAUACAAUACAGGCUACACAUCAUACAGACUGGUUUCCAUCGGAUGUCGUCUCCCUAUUGGUUGAGCAGGUGAAGGACGUUUUCCGACUCAUUGUUGAGCGCCCCAAUGAAUCGAUUCGAAGGAUAAAGGACGCCGUUACAAGUCAGACUUCUAUUGCAAACACGGAUCCCAAAUGGCUACGGGACGAGGCAGAUCUCGCUACUCUCUUCGAAGCUGCGGCUGCAAAAACGCCUGACGCAGAUGCCAUAUGCUUUAGCAGAUCGCUUUCUGAAGCUGCAUUGGUGACAGAUAUCAUGUCAUACCAAACCCUGAAUCAACUCUCAAACCAGAUUGCUCGCUUCCUGCUCGAUGGAGGUGCUGAACCUGGCCAGGUUAUCGCCAUUGUCAUGCAGAAGUCACCUCUUCUCUACGCAUCAAUCCUUGGUAUUGUCAAGGCUAGAUGUGCAUACUUGCCUCUUCUACCUUCCAUACCCGUCGAAAGAGUGAAAGAGAUCUUUCGAUCGGCCAACAUCAGGUGUUGCGUUGUGGAUACGGCUUCCCUGCGCCCGCUUCAGGAGGUACCUGAUAUCCAGUUCGUGGACGUCGAGUCUGCUCCGUUAGACGGUUUCGAGAACCACAACUUGGACAUACCGGUCGACAUGUCAAGGCUGGCCUAUGUGAUAUACACUUCGGGAACCACUGGUGUCCCAAAGGGCGUGGCUGUCAGCCAGAAAAGCAUUGUCAGCAACGUGAUGUAUCUCGCAUCUAUUUACCCCAGCGCUCAAAGAUCAUCUCCCCGACUAUUACAAGCCUGUUCGCAGGCGUUCGACGUGUCCGUUUUUGAGAUAUUCUUUGCUUGGCACGCCGGCAUGUGUCUCUGUGCUGCCGUCAACGACGACCUGUUUGAAGACCUGGAGCAUUCGAUUCGCCAGUUCCAAAUCACGCACCUCAGCUUGACACCUACAGUGGCAUCACUAGUUGACCCCAAGAAUGUGCCUACUGUUGAGUUUCUGGUUACCGCUGGAGAGCCCAUGACUCUUUCGGUUCUUGAUUCCUGGGGAGAUCUGUUGUGGCAGGGAUACGGACCGUCUGAGACGACGAAUAUUUGCAGCGUCAAGAGAAUGAAGCCGGGCGAUUACAUCGAGCACCUCGGCUGGUGCUUCCCCAAUACGUCAGUCUUUGUCCUCUGCCCGAAUAGCCUUUCAACUAUGCCGAUGGGUUGGAUAGGCGAGUUUUGCUUCGGGGGAGAGCAGGUGGCUGAUGGGUAUCUCAAUAUGCCGGAUCUGACGGCGGAAAAGUUCAUUAGUCACCCGGAUUACGGCCUUAUUUACCGGUCUGGCGAUAUGGGGAGAAUGCUCCCGGACAAGUCGCUUCUUAUCCUUGGCCGCAUUGAUGAUCAGCUCAAGCUCAAAGGCCAGAGAAUUGAGGCGGGUGAGGUCAACAGCGUGAUUACUUCGCAUUCGUCGGUCCACGCUGCGGUAACCACGCUGGUCAGGCGAGACGAUGAGGCCGCUCAUCAACUUGCUUCCUUCUAUACGUUUCCACAAGGGCCGACCGACGAAGGAUUCAAGACAGUAACGCCCGAUGCUGAGACCCAUCGUUCAUUAUUCGCUGCUCUGUUGUCGAGAUUGCCCUCCUAUAUGAUACCUUCGUAUCUGAUACCAGUCUCUCGAAUACCCCUUACGUCGAGCGGCAAGGUCGACCGGCGCAAGCUACAGUCUUGCUUUGAAAAUCUUCCCCAAGAGUAUCUCGAGUCUGUGUCUAGCACCAUAACGGGGCAAGAUGAUGCUGAGUGGAACACAGAGGAAACAAGAAUCGCAGAAGUCAUUGCAAGGUCCUUGGGCGUGUCUCGAUCUGAUAUCGGUCGAUGGACCCCAUUCGCAACAAUUGGCCUGGACUCGAUAUCGGCAAUCGGUGUUUCUCGCAGCCUCAGCACUGAACUAGAGCAUCGAGUGCCUAUCUCAGCAAUCCUUCAGAAUUCGUCCAUCGCGCAGCUUGCACGCUUUUUGCAAGAGAGGCCUGCAUCAGGUGGCCAGCAGAAAGGAGCAUCUUUCUUUUCCGAUUCUUUCGUCAACCAAGUUCGCGAAAGCUUCCAACAUGAACCCUACUCUGUUGCAGAGAUUUUGCCGUGCUCUCCUCUGCAGGAAGCCAUGCUGUCGCAGGGACAGGGCAGCUACUACAACAGGAGUCUUCUGCGGCUGCAUGUUCCCGUGGAUGAGAUGAGGGGAUACUGGGACGAGAUGACACGGCGACACGCUAUUCUCAGAACAUGCUUUGUCACAAGUGAUAGUAUGAAGUAUCCCAUUGCACAAGUGGUUCUGGAGAAUUGGACCAACCCGUGGAAGGAGUUCACCUCCAGCACGACUCUGCUCGACGAAGUUCUUCGUGAGCAUUUGAGUGGUCUACCUGAUCCCUUGGACACCAAGAUUCCGCCUCUCUCUUUUGCAAUCAUACGACAAGAAGAAUCGACAUUUCUGUCUUUGAUCUGUCAUCAUGCGCUAUAUGAUGGCGUAGCAAUGGAGAAUCUCUGGAGAGAAGUAGAAGCGCUGGCACAUGGUCAAUCCCUACUUCAGCCGGUUCCUUACUCGUCCUUCCUACGGGAAGCACUCAGCCUGCCUGACGAUACUGAAAUGUAUUGGAGAGACCAUUUUCGAGGAUAUGAACCCGUCAAACUAUUUACUCAACCUUCAAGAAGCCAGAUUAUUCAGUGCACAUACCGAGAGAGUAUGGAUGUGUCGUAUGGCGAGGUCAAAGCCCGUCUGCGAUCUCUUGGAGUUUCUUUGCUCUCUUUGUGCCAGGCAGCCUGGGUCGAUGCUAUUUCCGUGUGCUCAGAUACUACCGACGUCUGCUUCGGGCUCGUCAUGAGUGGCCGGACGCUGGACAUUGAAGGUAUCGACAGAUUGGUUGCUCCGUGCUUCAACACCAUCCCGAUCAGACAGGAUGUCUCUACUGCUUCUCGCAAUAUUGAUCUUGCCAAAUCCUUUCAGCGCCUCAACUCUGAUGUUCAGCGGUACCAAUUUUCGCCGCUGAGAUUGGUUCAGAAGCUUGUUACGAAGGAGGGCCGAAGGCUCUUUGAUACGCUAUUACUGCUUCAGAGCCCUCUGCAGGACAUGGACGCUGAGAUAUGGACGCUUGAAGAGGACGAGGGAGAAAUGGACAUUCCGGUUGUCUGCGAGAUUGUUCCUCAUACUGGCUUGGAUUCGCUAGCUGUCAACAUGCACUACGACAAGAGUGUUGUCAGUGAAGAUGUCGCUUCAGUUCUUGCUGAUGUCUUCAAGUACUUCUUUCGAGCCAUUCUGUACCAUCCGUCUUCGGCUUUGCCCGAUAGAAGCCAUCUUCAACCUGCUCAGUUAUCCACUUUCAGUGCUAUUGCAGUGGAGAGGCAUGCGGCAACGCCCUUGGAGAUGCUUCCUCAGAACGAUGCAGAAUGGACGGGGCCGCAGAAAAAGAUUCGACAGGUCCUUGCAACACUUUCGAAGGUUCAGAUACAGAGGAUUCAUCCCGACACAAGCAUAUUUCAGCUCGGUUUGGACAGUAUUAACGCAGUCCAGGUGGCCUCGAUGCUCCGACGAGAAGGAUUUGAGGUGUCUGCCUCCGAUGUCAUUGAAUGCCAAAACUGCGCGAGACUAGCAGACAGAAUAGCUGCGGCAUCAAAUAAAAAGGAGGCAAGACCUGGUUAUGAUCUCGACGGAUUCUCCAAGGAAGUUUCUUCACAGCUUGCAGACAAGGUGCCGGGUACCGCUGUUAUAGAAGCUGUGCUUCCUAGCACGCCUCUCCAGUGCGCGAUGCUGGUGUCGUUUAUCCAGUCUCAAGGGCAGAAUUAUUUCAAUUUGUUGUCAUUUGCUGUUGAUGACACCAUCUCUGAAGAUGCUUUGAUUGCAGCAUGGAAAGCUCUGCAGAGUAACCAUCCUAUGCUCCGGGCAGGAUUUGCCGCGGUGCAGCAUCAACAUAGCUCGUUCGCAAUGCUGAGAUAUCAGUCUUCAUCAGGGCUUGAAUCGACCGGUUUCGUGUCCAAAUUGGCAUCGUCAGACGAAGUACGAACUUGGAAAGAAAAAGAAGCAGCAGCAAUACUUGAGCAUCUCAAUCUACCGCCGUGGAGGGUUUCCAUCGUCGAGGCGGACGGUAGACUCAUGAUGAAUGUUCUCAUACACCAUGCGCUUUACGAUGCGCAUUCACUGGAUCAGCUGCUGGACGACCUAUCUAUGCUCUUGGGUGGACGUCAAAGUACCAUACGGACCAUUGAGCCUGCAUUGAAUGAACUACUCUACAAAAGCCUCAGCGACCAAAGUGCUGCCCAAGAGUUCUGGAAGGAAAAGGCUGAGUUGGCAGUGGUGAACACUUUCCCCGUCAUGACGCCACUAAGGGAGGAUGCCAGAACCUUCAUUUCCCAUGAAAUCAGAUCAACGGCGACGCUAUCAGCUCUGCAAUCAGCCACCAAGCAACAAGGCGUGUCUAUCCAGGCAGUCAUUCAAGCUGCUUGGACACGCAUUCUUUCCUCGUAUCUGGGAGAAGACUCUGUGGUGUUUGGAGUGAUUCUAUCUGGGAGGGAUACGGACGUGACGAGGGAUGCGCCGCUUCCUUGUAUGAACACGAUUCCUGUCAUUGCCUCAAACCAGCCGUCAAAUAGCCGAUUGACUCGAUAUAUGAUGGCCUACAAUGCGGAUGUCCAUCGAUAUCAGUACGCUCCUCUGACGCAGAUUCAGAAGUGGUUGGGCCAUCCUGCGACGCCUGUCUUUGAUACACUACUCGUUUAUCAGAAGCUGGAGAAGGAGUCUGUCACUAGGAGGCCCUGGAAGCUCAUGAAGGAUGAUGCAACCGUCGACUAUCCAGUGUCGCUCGAAGUUAAGCCGACAGAUGAUGAUGAGAUCCAGCUUUGCAUCACAUUCUUCAGCGAUAUCCUGCCGAGAGAGCAGGCUGAAUUGUUGGUCAGGCAAUUUGAUGCAAUGAUGAUCCACAUUGCUACCGAGCCUGAUGGCAAUGAGGAUGGCAUCUAUCGACCAAAGCCUGAUCUUUAUGCGAUAACGCCGCCUGUUUCGCCAGAGCUGCCUGCUCCGGUGCGUUAUCUGCAUCAGUUCGUGGAAAAAAGAGCUGUUUCUCAUCCAAAUGAUGCUGCUCUGGAGUUUGUUAGCAGAUUCGAUGGUUCGCAUCCCGUUAAGCAGGUGUGGACUUAUGCCGAACUCGACAAGAUGGGCAACAGGACUGCCAAUUUGCUGAAAGACGUUGCUGCCGUGGGGAGCAUUGUUGCGAUUCACUUUGACAAGUGCCCAGAGGCCUAUUUCUCUAUUCUUGGAAUCCUCAAGGCUGGGUGUGCUUUUGUGGCGCUUGACCCAAGUGCUCCCAGGGACAGAAAGGAGUUUAUUCUGAGGGAUUCACAGGCCCCUUGCCUGCUGACGACACCCGGAGGCAUCAUCGACUUUGAGACGGAUGCCAAGGUUGUACCUGUUGACCUUGAGUCUGUGAAGCUUUUGUCGGCUGAGAGGCGAGAUCUGGGCACUGAAUUCACACCUGAAGCGACGUGUUACUGCCUCUACACGUCUGGCACGACUGGAACCCCCAAAGGAUGUGAAAUCACACAUGACAACAGCGUGCAGGCAAUGAUGGCUUUUCAAGAGCUGUUCAAAGGUCAUUGGAGCCACGACUCAAGGUGGCUGCAGUUUGCCGCCCUCCAUUUCGACGUCUCGGUAUUAGAGCAAUAUUGGAGCUGGUCUGUGGGAAUCACGGUUGUUGCUGCACCAAGAGAUGUCAUCCUUGAUGACUUGAUUGCGUCCAUCAACAAUCUCGAGAUCACACACAUCGAUCUGACACCAAGUUUGGCUCGUCUUACCCAUCCUGACGAAGUACCAGGUCUAUGUAAGGGUGUUUUCAUCACGGGUGGCGAGCAACUCAAGCAAGAAAUCCUGGAUGCCUGGGGACCAAAGGCAGUCAUUUACAACGCAUAUGGCCCAACAGAAGCCACGAUUGGCGUCACGAUGUACCAGCGAGUGCCCAUCAACGGACGGCCUAGCAACAUCGGGAAGCAGUUCCCCAACGUAGGAUCCUACGUGCUCCGCAAGGGGACAGAGGUUCCUGUGCUGCGAGGCGCUGUUGGCGAGCUAUGUGUUUCUGGAAGACUGGUUGGCAAGGGCUAUCUCAACCGUCCGGAGCUUACAGAGGAGAGGUUUCCGACGCUGUCGGAGUUUGGCGAGAGGAUUUAUCGAACGGGCGACCUUGUUCGUAUUCUGCAUGAUGGAUGCUUCGACUUUCUUGGUCGUGCUGAUGAUCAAGUCAAGCUCCGGGGACAGCGCCUCGAAAUUGGCGAGAUUAACCAUGUCAUCCGCACCGGCGUUCCGGAUAUCAGGGACGUCGCAACAGUGGUCAUCAAGCAUUCCUCCAGCGGCAAAGACGUUCUCGUUUCUUUCUUGGUUGGCGAGCAGCAGAGGAGAGCUGUCUUGACUCCUCUGACAGAUGACGGAAAUUUGGGCGUCAAGGCGAGAGAGGCUUGUCGAGCGAAGCUUCCGGGAUACAUGAUUCCUACGUACUUCUUGCUUCUGCCGUUUAUACCGCUUUCUCCCAACAACAAAGUCGAGGCGAAGGAGCUGAAGAAGCUGUUCAAUGGCUUAUCGCACGAGCAGCUCAUGGACCUCACUGCGCCAAAGGCUCCUAUUAGAGCUGUUAACGGUGAAGCCAGCCACAAGGUGGCUCAAAUUCUGUCCGACUUUACCGGCAUCGGCUCAGAUGCGAUCGAGGCAGAGACAAGCAUCUUUGACCUUGGGGUGGACUCCAUCAGCGCCCUGCAACUAUCUACGGCCUUCAAAAAGGCAGGAUUCGCAGCAUGCUCGCCGGCUAUACUACUACGAAAUCCGAUAGUCGCAGAUCUUACUGCGGCUCUGUACGAGAAGCUGUCUUCGUCUCAAAAUGACAGUCGGGUGAAAGAGGCGCAGCAGAGGAUACAAGCAUAUCACCAUCGGUACCGCGCAUUUGCCUGUAACGCUCUCCAUAUUGGGGCUGAAGACGUUGAGUAUAUUGCACCAUGUUCGGCACUCCAGCAGGGUAUCAUAUCCAAGUCAAUGACGGAGGAGACUCGAGGAACUUACUUUAACUCCUUUGUGCUGAAUCUGGAUGACGAUGUCGCGGAGCAGGAAGUCAAGGCUGCUUGGACGAAGCUGGUGACCUCUGAGGCUGUCCUGCGAACGGCUUUUGUCAAGACUACGGAAGGAUAUAUCCAAGUCGCAUUGAAGAAUCAAGAGCCGCGCUGGAUUGAGCAAGGUGUGCGAAGCGAUGACGAUGCUACAGCCUUCUUGGACAGCCGUUGGGAGAAAUGGGUACGGCUAAACAACAACGAGCACAUUAUCGCGCCUCUUGAGGUGAUCUAUAUCAAGGGACCCGACUUCAAGAAGCUGGUAAUUCACAUUUUCCAUGCAAUUUACGACGGGAACAGCUUCGAGUUGAUGCUGCAGCAGCUGAAAUCCAAUUACAUGGGCAAGUCACCAGCAUCUUCUCCAUCGUUUAUAGAGGCAUUGUCUCACGGCCCGUUAUGGCGACAUGAUGACUGCCGAGGCUUUUGGGAAAACCAUCUUCGAGGGUGGAACAGCUCCUCAGCUCUGCAGCUUUCCUCGCCCCAAGAACGGGCCGUCUCACAGACUCGCGUUCUUCAUGGCAGUGUACUGGAAGACGCUCGAAGGAACUACAGAGUCACCCUGCAACCAGUUAUGAUGGCGCUGUGGAUCUAUACGCUUCAGAAAUACUAUUCCAACGGACUGACAAUUGGUCUGAUUGUUUCUGGAAGAUCAAUGGAUCUUCCUGGCGUCGAAAACACAAUCGGUCCGCUCUUCAAUACCGUGCCCUUCUUCAACAAAUCUCUGAGCGGCCAAUCUUGGGCAUCAUUGAUUCGCAGAUGCAGCGAAUUUAGCACAAGCAUCUUGCCUUUCCAGCAUGUUCCACUGAAGAGUAUACAGAAGUGGUGUUCUGGUGGGAAGCAGCUAUUCGACAAUCUAUUCGUGUUUGAAGUGCAGCAGCAGGCCUCAAAGGACGAAGAGCAUCUCUGGACAGUCGAAGAUGGGCCGUUGAAUCCGGAUUACCCAUUGGCUUUGGAGGCGAAGAGGCUGCCGAAUGGCGACGUUCAGCUGACUCUUGUUGCCCAGCGAUUUGUGGCGAAUGAGUCAAAGCUGAGGGAGUUGCUGGACGAAGUGGAAAAGAAUAUUGGACUCAUGGCUGCUGAUACGCCGUUUUCAGUAUCCGCAGAAAAGAAUGGGGUAUCUCAUUCUGACGAUCGAAAUGGAUUCAAGUCCCCUGAUGACGAGGCUGAUGGCCAAGACUUUGAUUGGACUGAUCAGGCUCUCAGUAUCAGAGAUGCGAUCGCUUCCAUGUCAGGCCUCGAUGCUUGCGACAUCUCGGCAUCAAAGACGAUUCUCGAGCUUGGCUUGGAUAGCAUUGAUGUUAUCCAGCUGUCUGCCAGGCUGAAACAAAGAGGUCUCGUACUGCCGGCUUCUCAAAUCAUGCGCCAACAGACGAUUGCGAAGAUGGCGGUAUCUAUUGAGGCACAACAAUCCAGCGAACUGUCUAAUGGAACGACUGACAGAGUCUUUGAAGACAUUGAGCAAACUCUAUGGAAGUAUGUCAACGCAGCCGGGUUGGACACCACUAAUAUUGAGGCCGUUCUGCCGCCGACGCCUCUUCAAGAAUCUAUGGCUGCGAUGAUGAUCCACUCCAACUUUGAGUGGUAUUUCAACCACGACCUUCUCGAGGUAGCGCCAGGCACCGACAUUGAAAGACUCCGGAGAGCAUUUCUUGAAGUUAUUGACCGGUCACCGAUUCUUCGAACAGGGUUCCUCGAGGUGGAUGACUUGCAGCUUGAGAUGGGAUACUGUCAGAUCGUGCGAAAACACUGGAACCAAGACAUCAAAAAACUUGUUAUGGAUGACGUGGCCGACAUGAGCGCUCUUAUCGAAGAUGCAAAGAGAGUUGCCAAAGAAGGGAAUGGGCUUGAUGCCCUAUUCCAGCUGAGACUUAUGACCUGCAAAGAUAAGACGUUUGUGCUUGUCUCGAUCGCGCAUGCCUUGUACGAUGGAUGGUCGCUCAGUCUCUUCUAUCAAGAUCUAGAGGCAGCGUAUCAAGGCACUUUACAAGGCCGAACAUCCGCAAAGCCCUUUCUUCAGAAGAUGCUUGCCUCUGCUACGGACGACGCGGGUCGUUUCUGGGCGGGUUACCUCGAUGGAGCUGCACCAUCUAUUCUCCCUAAACUACCGGUUCAUGAUACAGAGGAGAAGAGCUUGUACCGAAGAGAAGGCUCUGCACCCAAAUCUGUGCCUGAAGUUUUGUCCUACUGCAAGAAACAGAGCAUCAGUCUGCAGGUCCUGAUGCAAGCUUGCUGGGCCCUUGUCCUGGCUCAUCGGAUCAAAGCCCUAGACGUCACGUUUGGUGUCAUCAUGUCUGGACGCGACUUUGACGGCGCCGAAGAGGUCAUGUUUCCGACGAUGAACACCGUGGCGAUCCGCUGUAUCCUGCACGGAAGCUCAGCCUCUUUCUUGCGGUACCUUGAGGCUAGCAUGGCAGACAUCCGGGAUCAUCAAUCGUAUCCCUUGAGGAAGAUCCAGAAGGCGGCGCACGUGUCGAGCAGCGAACUGUUCAAUACGCUGUUUAUGCUGCAAAAGUUCCCUUAUAGCGCAUCGUCUGAGGGUUCGCUGCUCAAGUCUGUGGAUGGGGCAUCGGCGGUGGAUUAUCCUGUGAGCGUGGAGGCUGAGGCCGUUGGCGAUGAUCUCGUCUGGAGAGUCGCCUGUCAGUCGCAGUAUGUUUCUGGAGAGGGGACUGAGAGGUUGAUUCAGGAUUUGAAUCGUGUUCUAGAGUUUUUGGCCAACUCGGAGGAUCAUGAUAUACUCUCGUUUCACAACGACGGUGUCUCGAUAGGUGGAUUACCGCAUGUUUCGGUCUCCGGAGAUUUUACCCAAGUCGACGCCGUUAAUGGAGAAUACUCGGCUACUCACGAUGUGAACAGCGAGCUGGACGAUAUGGCGUUGGCAAUUCGAAAAGUCCUUGGCUACGUCUCGGACAUUCCCGCAGAGUCCAUCAGGCCCGAAAGCAAUCUUUACCAUCUCGGCCUCGACUCCAUCAGCGCGAUCAAGCUGUCUUCCCUGCUACGCAAGGAGGGCCUCUACCUCAGCCCGAGAGACUUUGUCAGGGCAUCCAGCAUCAGCCAUAUGGGACGACUUGCAACUCGCGUCCAAACAAACGGCGGCACGGUUCAGCCGAAGCAAGCAGCGUGGACUCCUGCGGAAGACAUUGACCUCGCGAGUCUACUUGCUGGCGCUCACAUUUCUCAAGACGAUGUCGAGAUGAUUCUUCCGGCGUUGCCUAUGCAAGUCUACAUGAUCAGCGCAUGGCAGAACGCGGAGGGCCACGUUUUCUACCCGAAGUUUCGGUAUCUUGUUGAGGGAACCGGCAACAUUGAGCAGGUCCAGUUGGCGUGGCAGUCUCUUGUUGCCCAGACUCCGAUUCUGCGAACUGUCUUCCUUGCGACGAAGUCUGCCCAACAGCCUAUCCUGCAGGUCAUUCUCAAGUCGGGUUAUCGAUCCGCUGGUGAUGCGGCUGCAAAGCCAAUGGUGCGAUUUAACGCCGCUAAACGAGAUGACAACCGCGUCGAGAUCAGGCUCAAGAUUCAUCACGCGCUCUACGACGGAGUCAGCAUCCCGGCCAUACUCGAGCGAUUCAAGGACCUGCUCAGGGGAACAAAUACCGUGAUCGAACAAGGUAUUGAAGAAUGGUCGAGACAUAGCAUUCAGCCUACACUUGAAGAAUCCCGUCAAUCGCGCAGAAGUUUCUGGAUAUCGUACUUGCAAGGCUGCUCCUUCGACGACGAUUCUUCUGCAUCAGUCAAGGCAGGAAGACACCGAGUGUCGCAUCUGAAAAAAUCUGCGGUUCCAGACAUUAGAUACCUCCAAACCGCGGCCAAAGAAAGAGGCAUCAGCCUGCAAGCCCUCCUCUUUGCAGCCUACGCCAAAAUACUCGUCUCAUCGAAUGAUGAUUCAGCUUGUUUUGCACACAAUGACGGAAAGAAGAUUGUCGUGUUUGGGAUAUAUCUUGCGAAUCGGGCCAACGAGGCUCUUCCACUAGCCUUCCCGACGCUGAAUCUUGUUCCGCUGAGAGUUUGUCUGGCGCCCGAUGACGGCAUUCUCGAUAUUGCUGGGGGAAUACAGGAGGAUAUUCAUCUCAUCGCUGCUGAAGGGCGUGCGGAUGUCGGGUUGUGGGAGAUUGCUGCCUGGACGGGCGUCAAAGUUACGUCUUUCUUUAACUUUCUGACUCUUCCUAACACCUCUGGUGAAGAAGAGACAAACGGUAACUUGGAGGAUAUCGAAUUGGUGCCGGUGGACUACGAGGAAGUUGCUCGGCAAAAUAUGCCGAAUGGCGAUGGUGAAGAAGACGAAGAAGAAGAAGCAGUAUCUCACCUUUCUGUGGUGAAGAAUCCUGUGAGAGACGUGUAUCCGGCCGCGAUAGACAUCGAAGCCUCCAUUCAAGGAACGAGCCUAGACAUCGGAGUGUUCGGGUCACGCCAACGGGUAUCUGAUGAAGGUGCUGUUCACCUGGUCGACGAGAUCGUCUCGUGUCUACAAGAGUUGGAUGACGAAGACGACGCAGAGAUGGCGGCAUGGGCUUCGUCUUGGGUGAUUGGAAAUGGUAAAAUGACAGGCCGAUAG